AUGACUUCCCUCCUCAAUACCACUGCGGCCCUCCGGCAUGCUACCCCCAUCCCCGCGGGCGUCACCCUCGAGCAGGCCAUCGCCAGCGUGCAGAAUCACGAAGGCUUCAUAAAAUUGACGGAUCGCGUCCACGCUCUUCCGGCUGGUCUCUGGGACUCAGACGUGGUGAGCACCUAUGAGUUUACGGAUUUGGAGAAGGGCAUGUUUGUGAGGCUAAGAAGCCCAUUGAGCGUCAUGAUGGAAACUGUGUGGGAGGUGAGAGAAGUGGAAGGAAGCCCUGGUGCCUUGGAGCUGGUAGAGGAGGUCAAUAUCUCGUGCUCGCGGCUCUUGGUAGGCGUCAUUAAAGGGCAGUGUGAAGGCAACUGGAAGGGCAUCCACGAGAAGAUGGUCGCGCUGAUGGAGGGCAAAGAUGUGGUCAAGGAUGCCUAG